AUGUCGAAGAAGUGGGCAAGCGAUAAAGAUGGUGCUUUCAAAAGGCAAGUUUCCUCGUUCAAGGACGUGAUUUCACCUAAUAACCCCGUGUUUAAGCCUGCGAAGAACCGAUACUGGUUAUAUGUCUCGCUAGCUUGUCCAUGGGCUCACAGGACUUUGAUUACUAGAGUGCUCAAGGGAUUGACCUCAGUGAUUGGUGUUAGCGUUGUUCACUGGCACAUGGAUGAUAAGGGUUGGAGAUUAUUAAAGGGUUCAGAUGAGAAAGAUCCCAAAUUCUACACACCGGCAGGUGGCAUAGCUUCUGCUACUCGUGAUCACUCUGUUGCGCAUGGUCAUACGUUAAAUGAUAGUACUCGUUUGUUUGAGGAUGCUUCUUUUGACCCAAACCAACAGUUCGAAAGGUUGAGCCAGUUCUACUUCGAACAUGACCCCAACUACUCCGCUAGGUACACUGUCCCACUACUAUGGGACACAGAGACGAAGAGAAUUGUUAACAAUGAGAGUGCAGAUAUCAUCCGGAUCUUCAACAGUGGUGUUUUUGACGAAUUUGUCGAUAAGGAAUACAGAGAUGUGAACUUGUAUCCUUCAAAACUACAAUCCCAGAUUGACGAUUUCAACGAAUGGGUAUACAACAAUAUCAAUAAUGGUGUUUACAAAAGCGGGUUCGCAGAGAACCCAGCAAUAUAUGAAAGCGAAGUCACAAACGUCUUUACCCAUCUCGACAAAGUAGAAAAUAUUCUCAAGAAGAAUUACCAGGAAUUAGAGUCCAAGUACAGCGACAAAAAUUCUAUCCUGGAACAUUACUACGCUGUAGGUGACCAAUUGACCGAGGCAGAUGUUAGGCUUUACACUACAAUAGUCAGAUUCGACCCGGUCUACGUGCAACAUUUCAAGUGCAAUUUUAGAACUAUCAGAAACGGAUAUCCAUACAUUAAUCUGUGGCUAAGGAACCUGUACUGGAACCACGAUGCGUUCAAGCUCACCACGGACUUUGACCACAUAAAGCUACAUUACACCCGGUCCCACUCGAGAAUCAACCCACUUGGGAUCACUCCUUUAGGACCUAAGCCAGAUAUAAUCGACUUGUAG